ACAGCAUCACAGUCCCUAGAACACCUCCAUCUGCCCGGCUUCAUGAGGAGCUGGACGGACCAGCCGGGACCUAGUAUCAGAAUGUGGAGAGCAGUGCUUGCAAAACUUCUUGUAAUAUUGAUUUUGUGUACUUUCCGUUGUCAUUCACAAGGUUGUGAGACGGGGCAGUUCCGCUGUAGGUCCGGGCGAUGCAUCCCAAAUGACUGGCAUUGUGAUGGAACGUCAGAUUGCGUAGACAACUCAGACGAAGCCGACUGCCCUCAUGUAACAUGUGACCAGAGUCAUUUCCAGUGUUUGAGUGAUGGGGAGUGCAUCCCAGGUGUCUGGGUUUGUGACGACGAGGAGGAUUGUGAGGACGGCUCGGAUGAGAGACAGCACUGCCCUGGUCGGACGUGCUCCAGUGGGCAGUUCAGCUGCAGCAACGGGGUCUGUAUCCCAGGGGAGUACAGGUGUGACCGACUGCCCGACUGCUCCGACGGGGCCGAUGAGAGAAACUGCCACUACCCCGAGUGUGUAGAGCUGAGAUGUGCCAAUGGAGCUUGCUACAAUCAGAGCCAGCGCUGCGACCGGGCCUUGGACUGUCGCGACGGGUCAGACGAGGCCAACUGCACACAGCACUGCAUCAACGGCCAGUUCCAGUGUGGCAACGGCGAGUGUAUCCCUCAGCGCUACGCCUGCGACCACGACGACGACUGCGGAGAUGGGAGUGACGAACUGAGCUGCACUUAUCCCACCUGCAGAGGAAGCUACUUCACAUGCCCCAGCGGUCGCUGUAUUCACCAGGUCUGGCUUUGUGAUGGGGAGGACGACUGUGAAGACAAUGCAGAUGAGAAAGGCUGUGAUGCCGUGCCCCGUGAGUGCUACCCGGGAGAAUGGCCCUGUCCAUCCUCGGGCCUGUGCAUCCCCAUGGAACAGCUAUGUGACGGGACACCUCAGUGUCCAGACGGAGAGGAUGAGACCAACAUCACAGCCGGACGCAACUGUAGUAUUUGGAGGUGUGCCUCUCUGAGCUGCGAGCAUCGCUGUCAUGCGUCCCCCGCGGGAGGGACCUGCUCAUGUCCUCCUGGAUAUGUUGUGAACAACAACAACAGCCGUUCCUGUGUUGAUUUUGAAGACUGUCAGAUGUGGGGUGUCUGCGAUCAGCUCUGUGAAGACAGGAUAGGAUCCCAUCACUGCAGCUGUCGAGAAGGCUAUUUUCUGGAGCAGCACCGAUACUGCAGAGCUAACAUUACAACUGGAGUGGCCACACUAGUGUUCUCCAAUGGUCGUGAUCUGCUGAUUGGUGACAUCAAUGGACACAGCUCACGCACCCUGGUCCAUUCCCAAAACAGAGGAGUUGCUGUGGGGGUGGACUUCCACUACCUCCUCAACAGGGUCUUCUGGACAGAUACUAUUCAGAACAAGGUGAUGUCGGUGGAUAUGGACGGUUCCAACAUGCAGGUGGUUUUAAAUGUAUCAGUUGACUACCCUGAGAACCUGGCCGUGGACUGGGUGAACAACAAGCUGUAUGUGGUGGAAGCCAGCGUCAACCGGAUUGACAUGGUGGAUUUUGACGGCGCUAACCGGGUCACGCUGAUUGCAGAGAACCUGGGAAACCCUAGAGGGCUGGCUGUGGACCCUACUGUCGGGUUUCUGUUCUUCUCGGACUGGGAGUCUCUCAAUGGGGAACCAGGUUUGGAGCGAGCUUACAUGGAUGGCACAAAUCGCUAUGGAAUCAUCAAGACUAAACUGGGCUGGCCGGCUGGGAUCACACUGGAUAUUGAUGCGAAGCGCGUUUACUGGGUUGAUAGCCGCUAUGACUACAUUGAAACCACUACAUAUGAUGGCCUUCAUAGGAGAACCGUGGUCCACGGGGGUGCCCUGAUCCCACACCCCUUUGGCAUCAGUCUCUUUGAGCACUCUGUGUAUUUCACCGACUGGACCAAGAUGGCUGUGAUGAAGGCCAACAAGUUCAGUGACACUAGCCCUCAGGUGGUCUACACGACAUCCCAGACCCCACACGGAGUUCAGGUGAUACACCGACUAAGACAACCGUACGUGACCAACCCUUGUGGUGCAGACAUGGGUGGAUGUGAACAGAUCUGUGUUCUAAGCCACCGGUCAGACAACCAAGGGCUAGGCUAUCGCUGCAGAUGUCGCAUGGGCUACGACCUGCAUGCGGAUGGCAAGAGAUGUGUGGCGGUGAGGCAGUUCCUUCUCUUCUCCAGUCAGCUGGCUGUCCGAGGUAUCCCCUUCAACCUGUCCUCUCAGGAGGAUGUCAUACUCCCGGUCACGGGAACACCCUCGUAUUACGUUGGGGUGGACUUCAGCGCGGAGGACGACUCCAUCUUCUUCUCAGACACGGCCAAAGACAUCAUCUACAAGCAGAAAGUGGAUGGAACCGGCAGGGAGGUGCUAGCGGCCAAUAGAGUGGAUGGCGUGGAGGACUUGGCUUACGACUGGAUUUCAAAGAACCUCUACUGGACGGACCCGCGCUACAGGAGCAUUUCAGUCAUGAAGCUGGCCGAUAAGUCCAGGAGAGCCAUCGUACGCAACCUGAACAAUCCCAGGUCCAUCGUGGUGCACCCUGUGAUUGGGUAUAUUUUCUGGACAGACUGGUACCGUCCAGCAAAGAUUAUGAGAGCCUGGUGUGAUGGGUCACAUGCCCUGUCAAUUGUAAACACUACUCUUGGCUGGCCCAAUGGCCUGGCUAUCGACUGGAGCUCCAUGCGCCUGUACUGGGUGGAUGCCUUUUUUGAUAAGAUCGAACACAGCACCUUUGACGGACAGAACAGGCUGUCUCUGGGCCGCAUCACCCAGAUCUCACAUCCUUUUGGACUCACUAUUUUUGGAGGGUACGCGUAUUUCACCGACUGGCGCCUCGGUGGGAUCGUGCGUGUGCGCAAGACUGACGGGGGAGAGCUGAUGGUCAUCAGGAGGGGAAUCAGCCACAUCAUGCAUGUCAAAUCUUUCAACUCCAACUCCCAAACUGGUUCCAACUUCUGCAGCAUGUUUACCAACCCUAACGGCGACUGCAGUCAUUUCUGCUUCCCGGCCCCGGACUCCCAGAGGGUGUGUGGAUGUCCAUAUGGCAUGAAGCUGGCGCCCAACCAGCAGACGUGCGUGGAGGAUCCUUCCAAUGAGCCCCCAACGCUGCAGUGUGGCGCCAACUCCUUCUCCUGCGCCAAUGGGAAAUGUGUCCCUCGGAACUACAGAUGCGACGGCGUUGACGACUGCCACGAUAACAGUGAUGAGGCCAAUUGCGGCGGAGUUCAUAAUACCACCUGCUCCCCCAGGGCAUUCACCUGUGCCAGCCAUCAAUGUGUGCCCAGCGCCUGGCGCUGCGACGGGCACAAUGACUGCUUCGACGGCAGUGAUGAGCGGGACUGCCCCACCCAGACGCCUGGCACCUGCACCGCCGGCCAGUUUACCUGCGCCAACCACCACUGCAUCCCACGCACCUGGUUGUGCGACACGGACAACGACUGCGGGGACGGCUCGGAUGAAGUCGACUGCGAUCUCAGCGGUACGUGCCACCCGGAACAGUUCCAGUGUCCAGACCACCGCUGCAUCGGCCCCAGCUACGUGUGUGACGGGGACCGAGACUGCGUGGAUGGUGCUGACGAGCAGGGGUGCAUUUACAACUGUACGGUCUUCGAGUUCAAGUGCUCCAGUGGGCAUCAGUGUGUCAACUCCUACUAUCGCUGUGAUGGGGUGUUCGACUGUAGCGAUCGCUCUGAUGAGUCCGGCUGCCAGGGUCGCGAGCCCCUACCAGCCACCAGACCACCGGGCAUGUGCCACCACGAGACCGAAUUCCAGUGCCAGUCUGAUGGCAGCUGUGUCCCCUCCGGCUGGGAGUGCGACGGCCACCCUGACUGUGAGGACGGCUCGGACGAGCACCACGUCUGCCCGCCGCGCACCUGCCCCUCAGCCCUGUUCCGCUGUGACAACGGAAACUGCGUGUACCGCGGCUGGCUCUGCGACGGCGACAACGACUGCAGGGACAUGAGCGACGAGAGGGACUGCCCCACGCCGCCGUUCCACUGCCCUAGCUGGCAGUGGCAGUGCCCGGGCCACAGUGUGUGUGUCAACAUCACCAGGGUGUGUGACAACACCCCUGACUGUCCCAACGGUGCAGAUGAGUCCCCGCUCUGCAACGAGCCCUUGCCAGAUCAGGAGAGCUGCACGGACAACAACGCAGGUUGCACCCACGGGUGUAUCCAGGGGCCGUUCGGGGCCCAAUGCACAUGCCCUGUCGGCUAUCAGCUGAGCAAUGACUCCAAGACGUGUGAUGACAUGGACGAGUGUUUCCCUCCUGGGCUGUGCAGCCAGCACUGCCACAACGAGAGAGGCUCCUUCCGCUGUCACUGCUCGGACGGAUACACUCUGGAGGCUGACCAACGCACGUGCAAAGUCUCAGAUUCACGCGAGGCUGUCCUGUUAGUCGCCAGCCGAAAUCAGAUCGUGUCCGAUGACAUAACCACUCAGCCCAAUGUGGUCCGUUCGUUGGUCCGGGAUGGACGAAACAUUGUGGCGCUGGACUUUGACUCUGUGACUGACCGUGUGUUCUGGUCUGAUACCAGCCAGGACAAAAUAUGGAGCGCUCACAAAAAUGGCAGCGACAGGAUUGUAGUUUUUGACAGUGGAGUGACGGUGACAGAGAGCCUGGCAGUGGACUGGGUGGGCCGGAACCUAUACUGGACUGACUAUGUUCUGGAGACCGUCGAGGUGGCCAAACUGGAUGGCACACACAGAACCGUGUUGGUCAGUGAGAAUGUGACCAAUCCCAGGGCCCUGGUUCUGGAUCCGAGGGAAGGAGUUCACCUGAUGUUCUGGACAGACUGGGGGAGGAACCCUCGAAUUGAGAGGGCCAGUAUGGACGGGAAAAAUAGGAUGACCAUCGUAAGCAACAAAUUGUACUGGCCCAACGGCAUAACCAUUGACUACCCCAACAAUCUGCUGUACUUCGCUGAUGCCUAUCUGGACUUCAUUGACUAUUGUGAUUACAAUGGCACCAACAGGAAACAAGUACUUGCUAGUGAUCUGGUACUGCAACAUCCCCACGCAAUUACCAUUUUUGAGGAUUUUGUGUAUUGGACCGACAGAUAUGUCAACCGCGUGAUCCGAGCCAAUAAGUGGCAUGGGGAGAACCAGACGGUGAUGCUCUACAACCUUCCUCAGCCCAUGGGCCUGGUGGUGUUACACCCGGCCCGGCAGCCAGCAGGUGAAAACCACUGCUUGAGGAGCCCCUGUACUCAUAUCUGUCUGCUCUCUGCCGUGGGACCAAGCUUCUUCUCCUGUGCCUGCCCCUCAGGCUGGAACCUGGCUGCAGACCAAGUCACCUGCGCCAGAGUUGAGGAUCCGUUCCUGGUGGUGGUGAGAGACAGUAUCAUCUACGGCAUUUCUUUAAAACCGGAGGAUAAGAGCAACGAUGCCAUGGUGCCUGUAGCCGGGCUUCAGAACGGAUACGACGUGGAUUUUGACGACAAUGAGCAGACCAUCUAUUGGGUGGAGCACCCGGGUGAGAUCCACAGGGUGAAGUCGGACGGCACCAACCGGACAGAAUUUGCCCCUGCAGCCAUUCUGGGCUCCCCAGUGGGCCUGGCCCUGGAUUGGAUGACAGAGAACCUGUACUACACCAACCCAGCCACACAGUCAAUUGAGGUUUUGAGGCUAAGAGGGGAGGUGCAGUACAGAAAGACCCUAAUCACCAAUAAUGGCUCCCCGACUGGUGCUGGCAGCCCGGUUGGCAUUGCUGUGGACCCGGCGCGUGGGAAACUGUACUGGACAGACCAAGGCACGGCGAGAGGAAUCCCGGCUAAGGUGGCGUCGGCCGACAUGGACGGGUCCAACCCAGCCACCCUGUUCACUGACAACCUGGACCACGUGGAGUUCAUUACUGUGGACAUCAGAGAGAACAAGCUGUACUGGGCUGUGACAGGCACAGGAAAGAUUGAGCGCGGCGACCCGGACGGGACCAAUCGCAUCACUAUGGUGACAGGCCUGUCCCACCCGUGGGGUGUUGCUGUGUAUGACAGCCACCUGUACUUCACUGACCGGGACUUUGAAGUGAUCGAGCGCGUGGACAAGGCCACCGGCGCCAACAGGGUGAUCCUGCGGGACAACGUGUCUGGACUCAGGGUGCUGAAGGUCCACUUCAGGGAGACUUCGGCGGGUACCUCCAACGGCUGCAGCAACAAUGUCGGUGCGUGCGAGCAUCUGUGCCUCCCGCGGCCCGGGAUGCUGUUCAGCUGCGCGUGUGCCACAGGCUUCAAGCUCAACGGCGACAGCAGGACCUGCGCUCCUUACCAGUCGUACGUGGUCAUCUCCAUGCUGUCGGCCCUCAAAGGCUUCAGUCUGGAGGGGGCUGACCACUCUGAGGCCAUGGUGCCUGUGGCUGGGAGAGGCCGUAAUGCCCUUCACGUGGAUGUCCACAUGUCCUCCGGGUUCCUCUACUGGUGUGACUUCAGCAGCACCGCGGCGUCUCAGAACGGGAUCCGGCGGAUCAAGCCCGACGGAGCCGGCUUCCGUAGUGUGGUCACGUCUGGAAUCGGUCGCAACGGGAUAAGAGGGAUCGCCAUAGAUUGGGCCGCAGGGAACCUCUAUUUCACCAACGCUUUCCUGACAGAGACUUAUGUAGAGGUCCUGCGCCUGAAUACCACAUUCCGACGGGUGCUUUUGAAAACCCAGGUGGACAUGCCACGCCACAUCGUGGUGGACCCCAAAAACAGGUACCUGUUCUGGGCCGAUUACGGACAGAACCCCAAGAUUGAGCGUGCUCUGCUGGAUGGGUCCAACCGUACAGUGCUGGUGUCGUCCGGCAUUAUAACCCCACGAGGUCUGGCACUUGAUUACCAGACUGGAUACAUCUACUGGGUGGAUGACUCUCUGGAUAUGAUAGCUCGGGUCAACCCCCAGGGGGGCGAGACAGAAAUAGUUCGCUACGGAAGCCGCUACCCCACUCCCUAUGGGAUCGCUGUGUUUGAGACUAGCAUCAUCUGGGUGGACCGGAACCUGAAGAAGGUGUUCCAGGCUAGCAAAGAGCCUGGCAGUACCGAGCAGCCUGCCGUGAUCCGAGACAACGUCAACAUGCUGAGGGACGUGACCAUCUACGACCAGCGCACCCAGGCCACCUCUGCCCAGCAGCUCAACAACAACCCGUGUCUCGACGCCAACGGAGGCUGCGCCCACUUCUGCUUUGCCCUCCCCGGUGCCCAGAACAAGAGGUGCGGCUGCGCCUUCGGGAACCUGGGGGCAGACAACGCGGGCUGUGUGGUGUCGCGGGACGAUUACCUCAUCUACACGACGGAGAGCACUGUGCGGAGCUUGCGUCUGGACCCGGAGGACCACGCUCUGCCCUUCCCCGUGGUCAACGUGCCCCGUACCUCUGUGGCCCUGGACUUUGACCGCACUGACAACAGGAUCUACUUCACCCAGAGCUCAGGGGCUGGGAGCAGCAAAAUCAGCUACAUCGGUCUGUCGUCUCCCACCUCGCCUCCUGUAGUGGUGGCCUCAGAUCUCGGGGCUCCUGAUGGUAUUGCCUAUGACUGGAUCAAUAGAAGGAUCUACUACAGCGACUAUGUCAACCAGACUAUCAGCUCCAUGGCAGUGGAUGGGACUCAGAGGACCAUCAUCGCCCAUGUGCCCCGGCCUAGAGCCAUAAUGCUGGAUCCCUGCAGGGGAUACAUGUAUUGGACGGAUUGGGGGACCAAUGCGAAGAUUGAACGUGCCACUUUGGGAGGCAACUUCAGGACAGAGGUUGUAAACAGCAGUCUGGUGUGGCCCAAUGGUCUGACCCUGGACUAUGAAGAACAAAGACUUUACUGGGCAGAUGCUAGCCUGCAAAAGAUUGAGCGCUGCUCUCUCACUGGGGCCAAUCGUGAGGUCAUUGUCGGCACAGCCAUUUACCCCUUUGCUAUGACCAUGUACGGUCAGUAUAUCUACUGGACUGACUGGAACACACGCAGCAUCUACCGAGCCAACAAGCAUGAUGGCUCUGACCAGCUGGUCAUGACGCAGAACCUUCCAUCUAGGCCCAUGGACAUUCAUGUCCUGGCCAGCAACAAGCAGCAACAGUGCAGCAGCCCCUGUCAGCAGUUCAACGGAGGCUGCAGUCACAUCUGUACCCCAGGGCCCCAGGGUGCUGAAUGCCAGUGUCCCGCAGAGGGUCUUUGGUACCUGGCAGACAACAAGCACUGUAUCCCUGACAACGGGACCCGCUGCCAGGCCGGCCAGUUCACCUGUAUGAACGGACGCUGCAUCCGCGCCCAGUGGAAGUGUGACAACGACAACGACUGCGGGGAUGGAAGUGACGAGUUAGAGCGAGUCUGUGGACCCAAGAAUGAUUUCCAACCUUUUGUUCAAGUGCCAAUGGUGGCGUCGUUUAUUGCCUUAUCAGCCUUCCAUACCUGCGAGCCCAGUGUGUUCACCUGUGGGAACGGUCGCUGCGUGCCCUACCACUAUCGCUGCGACCACUACAACGACUGCGGGGAUAACAGCGAUGAGGUAAGCUGCCUGUUCAGGCCCUGUGACCCCAACACCGAGUUCCCCUGCAACAAUGGACGCUGCAUCGCCCACGACUAUGUCUGCAACGGCAUCAACAACUGCUUCGACAACGGCACGUCGGAUGAACAAAACUGCCCGGAGCGAACGUGUCAGCCAGAACACACCAAGUGUGCCUCCACCAACAUCUGCAUCCCCCGCUCCUACCUGUGUGACGGAGACAAUGACUGUGGUGACAUGAGUGACGAGAGCCCUACACACUGUGCCACCUCCACGUGUGCCCAGAGUGAGUUCCGCUGCUCCAGCGGCCGCUGUAUCCCCGCGCACUGGUACUGUGAUGGAGGGACGGACUGUGCUGAUGGCUCAGAUGAGCCGUCCUCCUGCACCACCCUGGUGAGGACCUGCAACUCUGACCAGUUCCGCUGUGAUGACGGCAGGUGCAUCGCCUCUUCCUGGAUCUGCGACGGGGACAAUGACUGCGGAGACAUGAGUGAUGAGGACCAAAGACACAGCUGCGCCAACCGUACGUGCUCCGCCUUGGAGUUCACCUGUGUGAACAACGACGCGCAGCAGCGGAAGUGCAUACCUCGUGACUGGGUGUGUGACGGCGAUGCGGACUGCGCGGAUGCGCUGGACGAGCACCAGAAUUGCACGCGCAGGUCGUGCGGCCUCAACGAUUUCACCUGCAGCAACGGCCUCUGCAUACGCAGCUCCUACAGGUGUGACCGGAGGAAUGACUGCGGUGACAGCAGCGACGAACAGGCCUGCUCCUACCAGCCCUGUCAGCAGCACCAGUUCACCUGCCAGAACGGACGCUGCGUGUCCCGCGACUUCACCUGCGACGGGGACAACGACUGCGGCGACGAUUCGGAUGAACUGGAGACCCUGUGCCGAACGCCGACCACCACGUGCCCCCCCGGACAGUUCCAGUGUGACAACGGACACUGUGUCCCCCUCUUCAAAGUGUGUGACCGGUCGGACGACUGCUCAGACAACAGCGACGAGAAGGGCUGUGGUAUAAAUGAAUGCACUGAUCCCUCCAUGCACCACUGUGACCACAACUGCACCGACACCCCCACCAGCUUCGUCUGCACCUGUCGCCCGGGCUACCGCCUCAUGUCCGACGGCAAGUCCUGCGAUGACAUCGACGAUUGCUCCGAGACGCCCAGCGUGUGCAGCCAGGUGUGCGAGAACACCGUGGGCUCCUACGUGUGCAAAUGUGCCCCCGGGUUCCUACGGGAACCGGACGGGCGCAGCUGCCGUCAGAACAGCGACAUCACGCCCUACCUCAUCUUCAGCAACCGCUAUUAUCUGCGUAACCUGUCGACAGACGGAGAGGCCUACUCCCUCAUCCUGCAGGGUUUGACCAGCGUGGUGGCCAUGGACUUUGACCGUGUGGACAGGCGCUUCUACUGGAUCGACGUAAGCCGGAGGGUCAUUGAGCGGAUGCUGUACAACGGCAGUGACCGAGAGGUGGUGGUGAACGGCGUGCUGCAUGGCGAGGGCCUGGCGGUCGACUGGGUGGCCAGGAAACUCUACUGGGUGGACAGCUUCCUGGACUGUCUCAAAGUGUCAGAACUGGACGGCCGCUUUGUGAGGAAACUGGCUGAACACUGUGCGGACGCCAAUAACACUUAUUGCUUUGAAAACCCCAGGGCGAUCGUUUUGCACCCUAAAUAUGGAUAUGUCUACUGGACAGACUGGGGGGACAAAGCAUUCAUUGGCCGUGUUGGAAUGGACGGCACCAACAAGACGGCUAUCAUCACCACCAAGAUAGAGUGGCCCAACGGUGUCACCAUUGACUAUAGCAACGACAAACUCUACUGGUCCGACGCCCAUCUCAACUACAUCGAGUUCUCCGACCUGGAGGGACAUCACCGGCACAGCGUGUACGACGGGACGCUGCCACACCCGUUCGCUCUGACCGUCUUUGAGGAGACCGUGUACUGGACCGACUGGAACACCCGUACGGUGGAGAAAGGCAACAAAUACGACGGUUCUGGCCGGCAGGCUCUGGUCAACACCACGCACAGACCCUUCGACAUCCACGUGUGCCAUCCAUACAGGCAGCCCAUAGUGACCAACCCCUGUGCGGUGAACAACGGCGGCUGCUCCCACCUGUGUCUAAUCCGCCACGGAGGGCGGGGUCACACCUGUGAAUGCCCCGACCACUUCCUGACUGUACAGCUGGGGGGCGUGGCUCGCUGCCUGCCCAUGUGCACCAGCACCCAGUACAGAUGUGCGGAUAAUGAGCGCUGCAUCCCCAUCUGGUGGAAGUGUGACGGUCAGAGAGACUGCAGGGACGGCUCUGAUGAGCCCUCCACCUGCCCCAGUCGCCACUGCCCACUGGGCCAGUUCCAGUGCAACGACGGAAACUGCACCAGCCCACACUUUCUGUGCAACAGUAACCAGGACUGCCAUGAUGGCUCUGAUGAAGACCCAGUGCUGUGUGUCACUCAUCAGUGCGAGACCCACCAGUGGCAGUGCACCAGUAAGAAAUGCAUCCCUGAGGCGUGGCAGUGUGACGGGGAGGACGACUGUGGCGACGGCUCUGACGAGGAGCCCGCCCACUGCUCCAGCAGGACAUGCAGGCCCGGACAGUUCAAGUGUCGCAACGGACGCUGCAUCCCCCAGAGCUGGAAGUGUGACGUGGAUGACGACUGUGGAGACAACUCUGACGAGCCUCUGGAAGAGUGCAUGGGGCCGUCUUAUCGCUGUGACAACCACACCGAGUUUGCCUGCAGAACAAACUACCGCUGUGUGGCAUUAUGGUCUGUCUGCAACGGCCACAACGACUGCAGGGACAACAGUGAUGAACAGAGCUGCGAGGCGCUGACCUGCGACCCCCUGGGGGACUUCCGCUGUGACAACCACCAGUGUGUCCCUCUGCGCUGGAGGUGUGAUGGGGAUAACGACUGCGGGGACGGAUCGGAUGAGCGCGCCUGCAGCCCGCGUGUGUGCUCCGAGAGCGAGUUUCGCUGCGAUAAUCUGAACUGCAUUCCCGACCGCUGGGUCUGUGACCAUGACAACGACUGUGAGGACAACUCAGAUGAAAGGGACUGUGAGUUGCGGACCUGUCACCCAGGCUACUUCCAGUGUGGGAGUGGCCACUGCAUCGCUGACCGCUUCAAAUGUGACGGCAAUGCUGACUGCCUGGACUAUACUGACGAGAUAUCUUGUCCGACACGUUAUCCAAAUGGCACGUACUGCCCACCGUUCCUGUUUGAGUGUAGAAACCAUGUGUGCGUGCAGCAGUACUGGAAAUGUGACGGAGACAACGACUGUGGGGACAGUUCUGACGAGGAGCUCCAUCUCUGCUUGGACAUCCCAUGUGACCCGCCCUUCCGCUUUCGCUGCGACAACAACCGCUGCAUCUACAGCCACGAGCUCUGCAACUCUGUGGAUGACUGCGGCGAUGGCACGGACGAGAGAGAGCAGCACUGCCAAACCCCCACGCACGGGCCCUGUUCAACAGAAGAGUUCAAGUGCAGUAACGGCCAGUGCAUCCCCCUGCAGUACGCCUGCGACGACUACGACGACUGCGGAGACCAUUCGGACGAGCUGGGCUGCAAUCACGGCAGUGGGCGCUCCUGCAGUGAGAACAUCUGUGAGCAAAACUGCACCAACCUGACCGACGGAGGCUUCCUCUGCUCCUGCAGGCCCGGAUACAAGCCUAGUCAGACCAACAGGAACGACUGCGAGGACGUGAACGAGUGCGAGGUCUUCGGGACGUGUCCGCAGGAGUGUAAGAACUCCAAGGGCAGCUACGAGUGCUUCUGUGCCCAGGGUUUCCGCUCGGUCAGCGAGCAGCACGGCGUGGAGUGUGCUGCCGAAGGAAACCCACCGGUGCUGCUUCUGGCUGACAACGUGCGGAUUCGGCGUUUCAACCUGUCCUCAGGACAGUAUUCCGACUUCGUGGACAACGCAGAGCACAUCCAGGCUCUGGACUACCAGUGGGAUCCAGAGGGCAUUGAUUUCAGUGUUGUGCACUGGACGGUCCUGGGCCGAGGCAAUGAGUUUGGCUCUAUCAAGCGGGCCUACAUGCCCACGUUCAAUGACAACGGCAAUAACCCGGUGAAGGAGGUGGAUCUGAACCUGAAAUAUGUUUCCAACCCUGAUGGGAUCGCUGUGGACUGGAUUGGAGGUCACAUUUACUGGACAGACGCAGGGACCAAUCGAAUUGAAGUGGCGAAGUUAGAUGGUCGCUACAGGAAGUGGUUAAUAUAUACUGACCUGGACCAGCCUGCUGCUAUUGUUGUCAGCCCAGCAACUGGAAUGAUGUACUGGACAGACUGGGGCAGGAGACCCAGAAUCGAAUCCAGCUGGAUGGACGGGCAGCACAGGCAGGUUCUGUUGGACGAGGACCUGGGCUGGCCUACUGGCCUGGCUCUGGACUACCUGAACGGAAACAGGAUCUACUGGUGUGACUCCAAGGAGAACAUCAUAGAGUCCAUGAAGCCAGACGGGACGGAGAGGAAGAUCAUCAUGUCGGGAGAUAUCGGCAAACCCUACAGCCUGGACGUCUUCGAGGGCCAUGUGUACUGGUCGACCAAGGAGCGGGGCGAAGUGUGGAAGACGGAGAAGUUCGGAAAGGGGGACAAAGUCAAGGUGCUGACCGUCAACCCCUGGCUGACUCAAGUACGCGUCUACCAGGAACACAGAUACAGCCGAUCAGUACCCAACCCCUGCAAGGACGUGUGCAGCCACCUGUGUCUGCUGCGUCCCGGCGGCUACACCUGCGCCUGCCCUCAGGGGUCCUCCCCAGUCGACUUCAACCCCAACGUAUGCGACGCAGCCAUUGAGACUCAGGUCGACAUGUUCACUCCAUGCAGAUGCGUGAACGGUGGGACCUGCUACACUGACGAGGGGGGCCUGCUCAAAUGCAAGUGUCCGUAUAGCUAUGCAGGAAGCUACUGUGAAAUCGGGAAGUCCAGGGGUGCCCCCGCAGGAACAGCGAUCGCUGUACUUUUAGCGGUGAUCCUCAUCCUCAUCACGGGAGCGUUGGCCGUUGGCGUUUUCCUCAACUACAAACGAACGGGGUCCCUAAUCCCCCCAAUGCCGAAACUACCCAGCCUGAGCAGUCUAGUAAAAUCUGGAGACACUGGCAACGGGGUGACGUUUCGCUCGGGUGACAACGUCACCAUGGAUCUGGGACCUCCACCCAUCGGGGUGUCAUUCAUUGACAGGGCCAAUCAGCUGGAUGAGAGCUUUGCGGAGUCAGGGAGGCAGCCAAUCACAUUUGAGAACCCUCUGUAUGCUACGGUAGCAGCUGGGUUGCCUAGUGAUCCUGCUGUCAUCCACGCCUCACAGGUGACUGUCACUGUAGGCGGGGAGCAGAUACAGAACAACUUUACGAACCCAGCGUACCAUAAAGAACAGAGAGUGAGCACUGUAGACCGCUCCAUAAUCCAAGCCAAGCCUGUUCAGCAGUCAAGGUGGAGUUUUUUCAAAAGAAAAUUGAAGCCGAGCACAACUUUUGAAAACCCCACCUAUUCCGAGAUGCAAAAUGAAAAAGCAGUAGGAAGCAAUGAGAACAGUUCCUCCACUGAGCCAUCUCCCUUCGGCCCUCCCAUCAAACCCCUGAAGAGGGAUCAUCCCAGCACCUACUCACCGACGGAAGACACUUUCCGAGACACAGCAAACCUUGUCAAAGAGGACAGCGAUGUAUAACCCCCCCCCCACACACACACACACACACACACACACUUUGUCACAGACUGGAAUCAAAGACACACUCCCCUUUGCACAGAAUCUAUUUUUAUAUGCAGCCUGUGUACAAAACUACGAUUGUUUUGAGAAAAGAAAAUUAGAAAAACAUUUCUUUAGCAUACAGAAAAGAUGCCUUCUGAUAUUUCUUAUGCCAAUUCUUGUUUCAUGAUUUUUUUUAUUGUGAUGUACUAUAUGUAUAUCUUUGCACUGAAGCUGCUGAUAGAAAUGUUAUAAAUAUGUUGUACAUUUGUAAAUUUGAAGAGUAAGAUUUUUGUUGAUAAUAUUCUCUGGCGGUUGGAAAUAGAUUAUCUUAAUGAUAGAGCUUCAUAAACAAAAUAACACAUAACAUGUGAAGUAAAUUGUGAGUUUAUUGAGAAUGCACAGCAGUAGAUUUAUCAUGUUAGGACAAUGAUUUGAAAGGACAAUGAACUAUUUUUGCCACUGAACAAAACUGAAGAUGUAUGCAUUUCAUCUUAUGUUUAUAUACCUCAUUUCAGGGCUAAAAACUAUAAAAAUGUUGAUCAACAGAUACAAACUGAUUCAAUACUUGUGCUCUCACCUUAGUUAUUCUAAACCUAUAGAUGUGGUAAAAAAUAUGAAAAUGCACAAUAUCUUAAAGGAAGGUUUUCUAGGUAUUACUUACAAGGUCAAAUUUUUAUUUUCCCAGACUACUUGCAUUUUGAAAUCAAAAUGAUCAUGUUUUCCAUGUUUUUAAUGAAUAACAAUGGCCUCUUUUUAAAAUUAAUUUGGAACAAUACUUGAAUAUGCACAUGAUUUUUAAUGUGUGAAGAUGUAUCUUGCUGUAUCGUUUUGGACAUCUAAGUGGUUAUCUUCCAACAGUAAAAUAUCUGGAGAUAAUGAA